AUGGCAGAAUCCGAAGCUCAAGGCGCAGACUAUGAAGCCGAGCAUGUGCACUCGGUCUACGAAGAAAUCGCAUCCCACUUCUCCUCGACGCGAUACAAGCCCUGGCCGAUAGUCGAACGCUUCCUAAAAGAGCAACGUGAUGGUACCGUGGGUGCAGAUGUAGGGUGUGGGAAUGGAAAGUACCUAGCCGUCAACAAAAGGGUGUUCAUCGUGGGCUCCGAUCGAUCAACGAAUCUAGUCAAGAUUGCAAGAGAACAUGAACCGCACUCAACAGUCGUGGCAGACAACCUCUCGCUACCACAUCCAUCUGGAGUCUUUGACUUCGCCAUCUCCAUAGCAGUCAUCCACCACCUGUCCACGCCCUCCCGGCGUGUAGAAGCAGUCAAAUGCAUUCUAGAUCUUCUCAGGCCUGCAUCGAGGUCGGCCUCGCUGGAUGGAGGCAAGGCAUUUAUUUAUGUCUGGGCGUUGGAGCAAAAGGAUAGCCGGAGAGGGUGGGAUGAGGGUCAUGAACAGGAUGUCAUGGUUCCGUGGGUCUUGAAGCAGAAGAAAGUGAAGGAGCCCAAGCAGAGAAAGAGGGAUGGUGCUUCGAACGAGGUGGUGGCGGCAGAGGGUGAGCAGAAACCUGAUGGUGAUCAGACUUUCUUGAGGUACUAUCACUUGUAUAAGAAGGGUGAGUUGGAAAGUGAUAUUGAGCAAGCGGGUGGCGCGGUAGUGGAAUCUGGGUACGAAAAAGAUAAUUGGUGGGCGAUUGCAAGUCUAAAGUAA